AUGGAUUUGAGUGACUUACAAGUGUUGGUCUCCCCUGUUUUGGCAGGAUUGGCAGUAGGAAUUGGUGUACCAAUACUGUUGUUCUAUGUAUAUGGUGUAGUCCCAGUAUCACUUUGUCGCUCUGGAGGCUGUGGUGUUUCUACAUCCGGAGCAGGAGUUCGUUUUGAAUUUGAUGAUGAGAAUGACAUCCUGAGUGGAUUGGGUGGCUUUGGACCAAGAGGCACAGAUGCCGUCUCUAUGGAUGCUGUGUCACAUCGAGGAGCCAAUCCUUCGAUUGGUGAAGCUUCUCUGUCACUUGGUAGCGGCAGUGGCAGCCAGUUGGAAAGAGUUGGUGGAGGUCUCAGUGGCGGAGAGUGUGGCAGCAAUGCUGCUCUUGCAGGUGCAUCCAUUGCUGGGAGUAUAGCAUCAGGGCCUGUGCAGAGGCUAGAGAUACAGGCAGAUGUAGCAUCUACACAGCGCCUGAGCACAAGUAGUGAGACUGCGAGCUUAUCUGAGCAGUCUCAGUCCCUGGCAUUAUCUGAUGGUACAGUUCCACGUUCAGAAGUCACAGCACCAGUACCUGUCGAAGUACAUGCAGGAGCUGAGUCAACUUCACUGCAAGGAGCCGUUCUGCCACCUCCUUCUCCAGAGGAAAGUAUGAGUCGACGUCACACGUACAGACGGUCACGUCCACCACUUGACAGACAGGCAAGUGACAGCAGUGGACGAAUGACUGGUGGCGAUGACUGCAGCUCGGAGCGUGUACGUUUUGAUGACCAUGUGAGUUUCAUCACACCGCCAUUGACAGCCUACUGCGAAACAUCUGAGGAUGAUGAGAGUGAUAUCGUAGGCAGAAGGCCUACUCGACACCGGACAACUACUACAGCAGUGGCAGAGGUACAAGAGCUUGGCAAGUGGCAGGCAGUACCCAUGAUUUCACUACCAGAUGUGCCACCGUCCCUGACUCUUCCUGGCCGGCCUGUUCGAGUUAGUGUACCUGUCACAUCAUCCUGAAUAACGCUUCUGUUGUAGAAGGCACCUCUUGAUAAUUUCUUGUUUUUCUGUACCUGGAAAUGAGAAUUGUUGCUCGCAAUUUUGGAGCUAUUUACAGAAAGUGUGAAGAUUGUACAAGUGUAGCAGUUAUGUUAUCUGCACAAUGUGUGUGCAGGCUGGCGGAAAUAGACAUGCAAUUAGCAACUUGUUGAGUUCCAAAUGAUUUUUUAUUUUUUGUUGGACAGUGUAAAUUUUGCUUAUGCUGCUGUUAGUUGACAGUUCCUUAUUGUACUGUGCAACUGUGUCUUUAUUUAACUGUACUUUAUAA